UUUUUGCAACCAUCUGUCAGUCAGCCAUCAUGAUGAACUUUUACGACGGUGAAGGUUCAACUUUUUUCUCGUUUCGCUCCUCGGGUUUUGCUAAGCAGCCGUCUUCUAGAAUGUAGAGUUUCUGCUACUUGUUACGGGUAUUACGAAUAUACGGAUUCCCAGGUAGUGUAAACUUCCGAAAUAGUGUGUUCGGGACCGCGGAGUGUUCAGGUGAGUGAGAAGUGGUUGAAUUUUUCUCUGCAAAGGUAUGUAGCAGUUCCGGUUCUGGAUUACUGAAAGUUGUGGUUUUGCUCCGUCUGUUCUGCUAUUUAGAGCUUGGCCCUUCGGUGCUGGUGUUUGUGGGGGCAGCUGGAGGUGAAAUAGAAGUUCCCUAACGGGGGAGGCUCAAGAAAAAAAAAACGCGAUAAUAGGUGAAAGAAUUUACAAUUUUUUUUUUCGUUCCUAGAAGCGAAAAAAGAAUCUGGUGAAAGUUGGUAUGCAGCAGUCAAAAAAUGAAGAAAAUGUUCGAUAGUUUUGUAGAUUGAUAGAAAAUAUGUCCAAAAAUAGUGAAAAAUAUUGGUCAAAGCAGUCUGUGCAAAAGUAAACCAACCACAACUACUGUGAAAACGCAUCGCGAAGAAAGCAACAAAGAAGGAGGGCUAUUUGGAUAAAUAUACGAUAAACCAACGAUUUCGAUGUGCAAGAAAAAGAGAAUACCGAGUUUGAAACGAUUGGUGAAAUAGUAAAUUAAGGUAUUCCAGGAUCUACAGAGAAUUUCGGAUUUCAGUGACUAACAUCAGUGGUGUAGCAAAGAUAGAGGAUGCCGAAAUGUGAUGUUAAGACCAGAUAUAUUCCGGCGACCUUCGCCUGGACGUUGUUACUGGGUACAACGUUCUUGUUUUUCUACUACCCAUGCCGUCAGUUUUACAUACAUCGACACCCAUGGGUGCCGGCAUAUCAAGCCGUCAUCACGUUCUUCGUCAUCGCCAACUUUACGUUGGCCACUUUCAUGGAUCCCGGUGUCAUUCCGAAAGCUCCACCUGACGAAGACCGCGAAGAUGAGUUUCGGGCGCCAUUGUACAAAAACGCUGAAAUCAACGGCAUCACGGUGCGGAUGAAAUGGUGCGUGACAUGCAAAUUUUACCGGCCACCACGCUGUUCGCACUGUUCCGUGUGCAACCACUGUAUCGAGACCUUCGAUCAUCACUGUCCGUGGGUGAACAACUGUAUCGGCCGACGAAACUAUCGUUUCUUUUUCUUCUUCCUGAUUUCACUGUCCAUUCACAUGAUGAGCAUAUUUGCCCUCUCGCUAAUCUACGUGUUGCAGAAGGAAAAGGAUAAGCUAACCGAGGUGGAACCAAUUGUGGCAAUGGUUCUUAUGGCAAUUGUCACCCUGCUAGCGAUUCCGAUCUUUGGUUUGACGGGAUUUCACAUGGUUCUGGUGUCACGAGGGCGAACGACCAACGAGCAGGUAACGGGCAAAUUUAAAGGCGGCUACAACCCAUUUUCACGUGGAUGCUGGAAAAACUGCUGCUACGCUCAGUGCGGACCGCAGUAUCCGAGUUUGUUAAAACCGCAGAAAUACGUUGCACGUCGUUCCAACAAGGAAAACCAAUCUAUCAGUACCAUCACGAACGAUGGUGGUCCUGGAGGUGGCGGAAAUAAUUCCAGUCGGCAUCUCAAUUCCCAACAGCAAGCCCUAAGUGGCACUGGUUCUGGUGGCAGCGGCAUCUAUGAUAAUAGUCGUCACACGCAGGUAAAAACCUAUAUGGAUCAUGGCAAUGGUCACGGUAUUCGUACGGUUGGAUCCAGCCAUUACAGUAAGCUAUCACCUGGUCGGGAGUGUUCCGACAUUGACAUGGAACCGCAAGCUUCCCAGAGUCGGGAUUGCGAACCGACCCCACCGCUGCAGCGGCAUGGAUCCAAGAGUAAUUUCUUCCUACCACCGAUGGAUGGUAACGGAGGAAUCAAUAUGGGCGGUGGCCAGGGACAAGGAGGCAACAACGGUGGCGGAGAUUCGCCACGACACAUACGAAUGUACCACCCACGGCACAGUCCUCAUCCCCGUCAGCGUGGAUUGGAUCCGUCCCGUAGCUUCACACCAGAGGGUCUAUCACCGGAUCAGCCCCCACCAAUGAUCACCAUUCAGCAACAACAACAACAACAACAGCAACAGCAAAAUCAGCAAGGUAUGCCACGAGGUACUUCGGCGACACCGACCAUGCAGCAACGAAUCAAAGCGCUCGGUGUGGCCACUCCUCUGGCGAUGUCUAGUCCUGUCAGAAGAUCGAAUCCCGGAACUCCAACUCAACCCAGACGACCGGAUUUCAUCGGAGUGAAUAUGACUAAUCAGCAGCAGCAGCAACAACAAACUGGAACAACCUAUUAUGACUUCCCACUUCAGCAGCAGCAGCCGCCGCAACUCCAUCAAACGGGCCUUCCACCGGUGCAUCCGUACCAUCAGCACGCGCAAAUGUCCCAACAGCAAUCGCAGUAUCCUAUGAUUCACCACAACGGAGGCUUGCCACAGCAACAGCAGCAGCAACAGCAACCACAACAGCAAAGACCGCCGAACAUCGUCUAUCAUCACGGAAGUCCCCAGCGACGUUACCUCUCCGAAGGGGAACUAGCACGCCAGGGAGCAGAACUGUCCUACGCUAGGAGUAAUCAGACGGUAGAUAACAUUCGUGAACUCGCCGGAAGUCCGCAAAGAGGAGUUUACAUGUGGAAAGAUACAUCACCUGGUUUUAGCAACGGGAAUGGUGUAGCCAGCCAAACGCAACAGUUAGUCAGCAAUCAAUCACAACAGUCACAAUCGCCGGGGGUCUUCGUAAGUAUGGCUCAAUCUGUUUAUCAGAACACACCCAGUCCAACGGCACCUCAGCAGCAACAGCAGCAGUCACAACAAUUACCCCAGUACGGUAGUGUUAGUGCGGCACGGUAUCAACUGCAACAGCAGCAACAGCAAGCCAGCAUGAACAGCUACCAUCCUGCACUUCGCGGUGGAGUUCCAGUGUUUCCUCCUCAACCCCUUCCAGCUUCGGCGGUAAGCAAUGUGGUGGCAGCUGUGGCGGGGAAUUCAGUCGCACAAUCUGCCAACGGACCGCAGGCUCCGUCACCGCAGAUCAAAAGGAAAGCUACCCCUACCAGACCGAUGUCGUUCGUUAGGGCACUCGAGAUGACUGACGCAAUCGAGAUGAAUCCGACCGAUGGCAGCAGUAGCGGGCAACAGCAGCAACCGGGUGGUCAAACCGGACGGGCAACUACUCCGACACCACCGGAACGAGGCAGUGUGUACGAUAUGAACUACGAGAUUUCCGUAUAACAUGAGCAGCCUGUGAAGCAGCAGCAACAACAACAGCAGUAGUAGUUGUACUAGUAGUUGUAGCAAUAGUCGUAGGCAACGAUGAGUGAUUGGCGGUGGUUAAGCGUGCAAGAAUUAUCGUUUGCUGGUAAACGUCUUGGUUGUUUUGUUUGGGUUUUGUUUUAUAUUUAUUCGAUCCUUACGAUAGAUUUCUAGCGUGUGUGAGUCACGUGAAUUUUAGUCACUUAUAUCUGUCUCGAAUGUUGAAAAGAAGUGUUUUUAUUUUAUUUGGACUACAAAUUGGUCUAACGUACUAACCUGUACUGUAGUAGUAUGUUCAGCGCGUACUACAAAUGAGAUAACUGAGUUAUAACGUUUGCACGAAAAGACGGUAAAUAGUGACACAACAUCAUCGCAUACAUGACACCAGGCAGUCUCUAUUAGUUUUCGGAUCUAGUCCGUGGUAUUAAAGUCUAGAUACGGUUAUUUUACUGACAAUAUAUUUACGAAUUAGCACAGUUCUCUAAUAUCUUGGCCAAAUUUUCAAAAGUGCAUGAGCAAUUUUACUGUCCCUUGAUUGUUAAUAUAGCGACAAUAAUAUUUCGGAUUCACACUAGACCGGGUCGUAUCAUCAUCGUGCCAUGAUUUAUUUGUCGAGUAUUCUCAUUAUGCCGUACUCACGAAAUUGAGUAUGAAUGUAAAAAUCGAAACAAAAUAUGACUUGGAGUGAUAUUGCAGAGUUACUAUGUGGUGUUUUCGGGGUAUGUAGUUUCAAUCGUCAAAACGCAAUUCGCUAUAAUCGUUCGUACUGUCUUCGAAGCAAGCAAAUCAAGACAUUUUCAUCCUUAUUAACACUAUAGUUUUACGUGUGUGUUCAAGUAUAUCCUACUACUCUCCUAUUGCUGUUAACCAACGAGAUUCGAUGAAUUUAUUGUAUGAUUUAUUGUAUUUAUUGUAUCAUCGCUAUUCGAACCAAUUCGAGAAGUAAAGUAAAUCGAAUGUAGAAAUUUCGUACUUGUUAGAUGGCUGUUUCGUUCUUCGACCCGUUUAACCGGCGUGAAUACGCGAAACGGCAAUUCGAUCUCAAUAAUCGACGGAAACUAUUUUUCACGAACAAAUUUUGACGUAAGCAAAAAUUUUUUACUGCCGACGCACCCGCCUACUGCGAUAUUUUUCCUAUUAAUAAAUGACGUUUUUCAUUGAAAAACACUGGUGGCGUGAAUUGCUCUGGUUGCGUACUUUCGAAAUGGCAAUGAAAACCCGUCGAAAAAAUUCCACUUCUGCUCGAAAUAUUUUUUAGUAAUGACACUUUUAAUGAACGUGUAAGGGCCGCUUUAAGUACGACUCAGAUGGUCCGUCACAGUAAACCUACGUCACCGUCAAAAUUAAUUACACGCAUUCUUAUAGCGGACCUUACACGAUCAUUAAAAGUGUCAUUACCAAAAAAUAAUAUCAUUUUAAUAAACGUGUAUAGCGGCCAUUGCCCAUUACACGAGAAUUAUUUUUGCCAUUUUUAAUGAUGACUAAGUAAUGAUGUAUUUGAAAUUUGAUAGAAAACUCGUCAUUACUGCACCGCACACGUUCAUUAAAAUGAUAUUAUUUUUUAGUAAUGACAUUUCUAAUGACUCGUGUAAGGGCCGCUUAUGGUGCAGAAAUGACGAGUUUUCUAUGCAAAUAAGCUCGUAAGCAGCCCUUGCACGAUCAUUAAAAGUGUCAUUACUAAAAAGUAAUGUCAUUUUUAAUGUGUAUUUACUAAAAUAUCAUUACUUAUGUCGUGUUCGUUUGACGUCAAACCCAACCCAGUUUCCCGCCUACCUGCUGUCAAACCGUUUGUUUGAAGUUAGUUCCGAACCUGGUUUCAACAUUGUUAUAUCAGGUUUGCUCAGAUCCCCGUUGCUAAGUGCGGAACUAACACAGUUUGGUAAAAAGUGUUUAGCGGCCCUUGCACGAGUCAUUAAAAAUGUCAUUACUAAAAAAUAAUAUCAUUUUAAUGAGCGUGUAUGGUGCAGUAAUGACGAGAUUUCUAUCAAAUUUGAAAUACAUCAUUACUUAUUAGCGGACCUUACACUAUCAUUAAAAGUGUCAUUACUAAAAAAUAAUGUCAUUUUUAUGAACGUGUAAUGGUGCAGUAAUGACGAGAUUUCUAUCAAAUUUGAAAUACAUCAUUACUUAGACAUCAUUAAAAAUGACAAUAAUAAUGCUCGUGUAAGGGCCGCUAUUCAUCAGUAAAAAUGACAAAAAUAAUUCUCGUGUAAGGGCCGCUUACAAGUUUGAAAGGAAGUAAAUUCCUUGUAUUGACAAGGGUCUAAUCCGAGUGUGAGGUUAGAGUGAGAACCGUAUUCAAACUCGACCGCGGAUUAUUAUUCUGUAUACAAAUAUAUCAGUACACACUGCAUUCCUGGUUGUAACAGAGCUGUCUAGUUACUCAAUAAUAUGGUCUCGUGUAAAGGCUGUUUAAUCCCAGUCAAUUAGUCUAAAAUUCGAUUCGAAAUUCUGUAUGAUUCCAAAUGGAUUCCGAAUCAGAUUUAACAACCGAUUCCGAACCGAUCUUAGUCGAAAUUGGUUGUUGCAUUUGACACGAAAUUCACUUGGCAAUCAUACUGAAUUUUUAAUCAAAUUGUAGACGAGUUGACUUGGACUUUUUAAAGUGUAACCAGACGUACCGUAUGCGCUAUAGUGUUUACAUUAUUGAGCAAUGAAACAUUUGAAAAAUUCCCAAUUUCGAUUUUUUUUAUUUCGAACGGGGGAAAGCAAUGAAGAAGGUUUCGCUUCUUCGAGAAAGUCAUUUCCGAUGUACUAGUCGUAACAAGUAACAAGUGGCCGGUAUAACAAAGAAAACAACAUGUGUUUGUCCACAUCAUCUCCUUGAAGAGCAAUAUAAUUGUUCCAAUGACGUUUCAAUCUUAGAGAUACAUCAUUCGAUGCCAAUCUCCUUCCAGCAUGAUUUUAUUUCGAAUCUGAGAACAGAAUAUAGUCGCUAGGGGUCAAAAUCUAGCUGCGGUAACAAUUCGAAUUUCCAUUCAUACUAUAGAAUUUGGCCCUCUCAAUGCUCGAUCAGCUGUGAGAAUUCGCGAAUGCCUUGUGUUCGUUUAAAGAAUAGAGAUUCGAUAGACUUUUUUUUCGUAUUCCUCGGUCCUCGUCUCUGUGACUUGUGCUGAAGGGUCUCUUCUGUAGACUGUAGUUAGAGUAAUAAACUGAUUAAACCAUCUUUCAUUUAAAAAAGAUGAAAACAGAAUUGCGAUUUCUUGACCACGACAUUCACGUUCCAAUGGUGAUAUGUUGUUUUACUUUCAUCAGGACUUGUUUAGUUUGAUAUUUCUCUGCAUCCAAAGUAGACCAUAUAAGGAUAAUUCGAAUUCUCAAAUCCACAUCUCCAAAGGACCGUCAAAAUGAUUCUGUCGUACUAACGUAUCUCGUGUUACAGUAAAUUUGAUGUCUUGGUCAUUGUUUAAAAAAAUAUUUUCAAUAUGAUAAAAAAGCAAAAAAUCACAAACCAUGGUACAUCAGUAUCGUCAGCGAUUGCUGCGACCCGUAGAAUGUGUUGUAAAGAAAAAAUAUAUCAACUGUCACUAUUUAACUAGUCUGUCUGCAGCGCGUUAAUUUUUUCUUUUUUUGUGCAAACCGUUCGUUUCAAACAAAAAUCACUGAUUAGAUUUAGCUAUUGCGCAUCGAACUCCGCCCUUCUUAACAUUAAAUAAGGCAUAAAUGCUGGAUUGUGUGACCAAAUUAAGUUUUGGUCGCCCUAAUCCUGCUCUCGUUAUUGUUUUUUUUUUUGGUUUUAUUGAAAUAGGUUCAUAUCCACCAGAAAGGAUGAACGGCCAAACAAGCUGCAGCACUUCUCUAGUUCAGAAUUUGGAAUAGGAAGUCACCUGCAGAUGGUAAGAGUGCUGCUAGCGAAAGACGGUCAAUCUAUUCCAUACCGAUAAUUGGUCCUCAGAAGAGGCUCCACAGGUGGUCCCUCAGAACGUUACAUCGAGGACAAGUAUACUUGUAAAUAGAUUGUUCUUAGUAGACACACU